UUAAAUAUGGUAGCUAUGGAUAGAUCUGAAGAUGAAGUUAUGUUUAAAAGAAACACCGUUAACAGCGUUUCGGGAGGAAUUGACAAAUUGUAUAGAAAGGCGGGUAUGAAAAAAAACAAAGCCAUUCACAAGCCUACUUCUGGUGAUGGAUUGCAUAUGGUCGAGAUAUCGGAAAGACGGCUUACUAAACCCGCACUAUUCGAUAAUGUGGAUGGCCUUAUUGCUCCGAGAAGGGAGAUGCGAGACGACAAUCAAGAGGUGCAGCGACCUGAAUGGGAUGAAAGUCCAAAGAUCGAAUGCGUCAAAGGAAGAACGGCAUCAGAUGCUGUAAGCAGACAUGCUCUCGAUAAUGCGAAAACCCGAUUGAAACCUAUCAGGAUCAGCAAAUCAAGCGACGAUAUAGUAAACUGGGUAAAGCAUGCACAGAAGAAAGCAUCAGGGGCAAAACCUUCAUCUUCAAAACGAAAUCACAAAUUUCUUAAACGCUUGCAAAGCAGCAAUCGAAACGUGGUUAGCGACGGCUGGAAAGUUCGUAACGCAUUGGCAUCCCUUACACCGCCUCAGACCAUCAACUCAUAUUACUUGGAGGCUGUUGGUCGAGGAAAUCUUCGUGAGGUGAUCGCAUUGUUUGCAAUUGUAAGGGGUGAUCGAAUUCGUGAGUUUAAAAAAGAUUGCGUUGACCAAAAUGAACGAUCUGCACUUCGAACAGCGGUUGAAAAUAAAAACAUUCCAAUGUGCGAGUUUUUAGUCAAUAAUAAGGUCGCGUACGGCGAUUGUCUCUUCCAUGCAAUAAAGAUUGGCUUUCUUCCGACUGUAGAAGUUUUGCUGGAAAACCAUCGAUCAGUGAACGCUAUUAUAAAAGGGGAUAAUCCGUAUUUUACAUCAGGCACAACACCAAUGCUGUUGGCCGCAUCUCUUAACCAGUACGAAAUCAUAAAGAUUUUGUUCAAAUCUGGGCACAGCGAGAUAAAGAACGAUGUUCAAGAAGGCGAUUGUUUCCACACGGAGUUCGAAUCUGCAACAAAACUUCAAAUGUGUUGCAGCGCAAAAUCAAGUCCAGCGUAUAUUACCAUAAUAUGCGAGAUGACAAACACAGACCCUGUGGAAUAUUGCAUCGACCACAUAAAAGAUCUACGAACACAAGCAAAUGUGGAAUACGAAUAUGCUGACUUCUAUAAACAACUGGAAAGAAAAACAGAAGAUUACAUGUGCAGUCUUCUUGACCAGAUUCGGUCAUCACAAGAGCUUGGAGACUUGUUCAUGUACAACUACGAUUUUGCUGGAGCUGACAAAUGGUCAAUUCCAGUUCCUACCAGCAACUUUCGGAAGUUAGGAUGUAGAAUGGAACUCCUAGAUGACGCUAAUGCUCACCGUUUGGUAAAAGUCGUGACACAUCAUUAUUCACAGCUGGCGUUGGCAUACAUGCGGUAUAAAAACACUCCAUUUCUCAAAGAUUCGUCAACCAUUAGAAACUAUACGCUAAGAACCCUGCUUGGGAUAAUUUUCCCGAUAUUAUCAUUGAUUUACACAGUGGCUCCAAACACAAGAUUCGGACGUCUUAUAGCUUCUCCAGUAGUUUCGUUUGAUUGCCACAUGGCGUCUGAUGUUGCAUUCGUCAUAUUGGUAUUUAUUAAUUCCAUCCAUAAGGAUAUCGAUCGGAAUUACUUAGGCUCAUCGCCAACUGUCAUUGAAUGGCUAGCUGUGUUUUGGAUUGCCGGUAAAUGGGUACAAGAGUUUGAGGAGUGUUACCAUAGAGGGAUGAAAGGCUACCUGAGGGAUCGUUGGAAUCAUACUGACCUGUUAGCUCUCUGUCUACUCUCUGUUGCUGUAGUUUUCAGAUGCCUUGACUAUUCAAGAGCUGAAUCGUAUGUACCUUUGUACCUUGGCAACGGCACAACUACUCACCUCGGCCCUUUUGAACCUCGAAUGAUUGCGGAUGGUUUCCUUGCCUGGGCUUAUGUCUUUGUAUUUUUGAGGUUGUUAAGUCUCACAAGAGCAAACAGACGUCUUGGUCCAUUACAAGUCACACUGUCUAGAAUGAUGGGCGACGUUCUUAGGUUUAUGAUCAUAUUUUGUCUAGUUGUAUUUUCUUUUGCACUGGGAUUAUCUGAGCUGUACUGGGUAUAUGGAACACCUAAAGGAAAACAAAUGCUCUGUUCCUAUGGUGCAAACGGGACAGACGUAGCGGCAGAAGCUGCAUGUUUAAAGUCAACUAUAAUCUUUGGGGGAAUGUGGUCCACGACCAAAUCGUUGUUUUGGUCGCUUUUUGGACAUAUAGAUAUUACUCAGUUGUCUUUAUCAAACAAGCACGGAUUCACAGAGACUAUGGGGCGUUUUCUGCUUGCUGUUUAUCACGCUAUUGCUAUAAUAGUGAUCUUAAACAUGCUGAUUGCUAUGAUGUCAAAGUCGUAUGAGAUAACCAGCGAGAACGAGGAACGUGAAUGGAAGUUUCAUCGAACAGCGAUGUGGAUUCGCUUCAUAAGACGGGAAGCUAUUCGUCCCCCACCCAUGAAUUUGAUCCCCCAUCCACAUGUUGUAUGCAAGGUUAUGCUAAGAUUCCUGCAGCUUAUUCUGAGACGAAGGUCAUUGCCCCAGCAUCAUCCGAAGAAUGGAUUUGGUUGUAGUGGACUUUCGAUUACGAAAGAGUCCGAACUCUAUCGACUAAAAGUUCGAUGCAAAUUAAUUAAAAGAAAAUUAAUUAGACGAAAUAAGUUUAAAGUUUUAUUAAGCAACGGUGAAACUUAAUCAAACACGUCAUUGAUACCGUUUACACUGAAUAUAAAGUUAAUUUAAAUAUAAGAUGGAAUAUGAAUCAUGAUUAUGUUCUGUUUCGAUUGUAACGCAUUGCUGUCAUGUUUGUUUUUCUUUCAGCUGUUUAUUAAUUAAAACACAGUAAACUCACAGCCCAC